CACUCUUCCUCCCUAUCUCUACUGGACUGACCUACACCCAAUUUUAUUUGGGGAAGAGCAAGCAGGAACUCUACCAGGCGGAACUAACAAUGCUUUCUGCAUAUACAUCGGCUCAACUUAAAAAGGAUUAAAAAAGAGACAUAUCUUUGUAAUACCUUUAAAUGCACAAAGGAUUGUGCACUAAAGCUAAGAUUCUGGUUAUUGGCAUAUAAUAUAUGUUAUAAUUCAGUAUCCAUAAAUAGAGAUCUGAAGGCCAUGAGAGUGAAGGAGAGGGAGAGAGAGCAGUAGACAAAAGAAAAGUUUAAUAGAAACAGUAACAUUGCUUAAGCAAUUAAUAUUUCAUUAUUCAUUUGCAAACUAGUUGUAAGUAUCAAUACUCUCUUAUUUACAAUUUUGUAUUGAUGUGAAAACACUUGUAUAUACAUUUAUAUCUUUUUUCUUUUCGGCAGUUAUUACUAUAAUCUUUUUAUCUAAAUCAGUAAUAAUCCAUGUAGUCCAUUAUUCUACCAAACAGAUAAACAAGCGAAUAGUCUUUCUAAUAUUCAUAAUAGGAAAAUCAGAUCGAUCCCUGGAGAGAUUUUGUUUCGUGCAGCCUAAUAUAUGGACAGAACUGGACAAUGGAAUGAAUGAUAUGAGGGGAUCAUCCCCAAGCGAGCAACAGAAAGAUAAGCUCAGACAGACAGACAGAAGGACAGACACGUGCAGGUCACCUGACACCAAGAACCGAUAGACGGCAGCCAGGCAGCCUGCCUCACACAAAGACCUGCACACACAAGAGACGGACAGACAGACAGUCUGAUGCCAACUGUCUCUACUGUGAAUCUCACGGGACAACUCCUCCUCCUGCUGUUGCUAUGGGCAACCCACCCUACCGUGGCAACCAACUGGCUGUCGCUGGCCAGGAUGCCACGCUCGCGCCCCGUGUCGGGAGCCGCCCCCUGCGGCCGGCUCCGGGGGCUGUCCGUGGGGCAGGUGGGGGUGUGCAGGGCCAGGGGCGAGGUCAUGGAGUCGGUACGCAGGGCAGCCGAAAUGGUGAUAGAAGAGUGCCAGCACCAGUUCCGUAAUCGCAGGUGGAACUGCUCCACGACGGCCCGUGGAGUCAACGUGUUUGGGAGAGUCAUGACCCAGGGUACGCGGGAGGCCGCUUUUGUGCACGCCCUGUCCUCAGCUGCCGUGGCCGUCGCCGUGACGAGGGGUUGCAGUCGUGGGGAGCUGGAGAGGUGCGGCUGUGACCGGAAGGUCAGGGGUGUCAGUCCCGAGGGUUUCCAGUGGUCCGGCUGCUCAGACAACCUGUCCUACGGGGUGGCCUUUUCCCAAACAUUCGUGGACGAACCGGAGCGUGCCAAGGGGCUGUCGCUAGGGCGACCACUCAUGAACAUCCACAACAACGAGGCUGGGAGGAAGGCCAUCCUCCACAACAUGCAGGUGGAGUGUAAGUGCCACGGGGUCUCCGGCUCCUGUGAGCUGAGGACCUGCUGGAAGGUGAUGCCGCCGUUCCGCCGCGUGGGGGCGGUGCUGAAGGAGCGCUUCGACGGGGCCACCGAGGUGCGCCUCUCCCGAGUGGGCUCCAGGACAGCCCUGCUCCCCCGCGACCCCCUGGUGAAGCCCCCGGCGGCCCGGGACCUGGUGUACCUCGCCGCCUCCCCGGACUUCUGCCGCCUCGACCCCGACAACGGGAUCCCUGGCACCGCCGGCCGUCGCUGCAACGGCACCUCCCGACUGGCGCCGGACGGGUGCGAGCUGGUGUGCUGCGGGCCCGGGUUUCGGGCGGGCCGGGCGGAGGUGGUGCAGCGCUGCUCCUGCAAGUUCUCCUGGUGCUGCUCAGUCCGCUGCCAACAGUGCAAGAACACUGUACUAAUCCACACCUGUAAAGAAUGA